UUAUAUUUUCUUCUUCCUUGGUCAGAAGAAAAUGGGGAGUAGUAUGAUGGAGUUGCAGGGAUCGGAGAUUGCGAAGAAGAUGUGGAAGAAAUUGAAGAACGGAAGGGCUUUAGCUCUCUACAGCCCCUUUAUAGUAUGCUUGGCCUCCGGCACUUUGGACCCUAACUCUUUUCUCAGCUGCAUCUCUCAAGAUCUCUUCUUUCUUCAAGCUUUCGCCCACGCGUAUGAGCUGGCAGAGGACUAUGCAGAUGAUGAGGAAGAUAAGGAAGCCAUUGUAAAGUUGAAAAAUCGCGUUUUGAAGCGAUUGAGGAACCAAGACACACUUAUUCGUGAGUGGGGCUUCGAGCCACCUGAAGAGAGUAUCUGCGAAAAUGCAACUCUCAAAUACACAGAAUUCUUGAAGGAAACAGCCUCUGGCAAAGUCGGCGCAGAAAAAUUCUCCGUCAAAAUCGUUACACCUUUCGAAAAGACCAAACUAGCCGCCUAUACUCUCAGUGCAAUUUCGCCCUGCAUGAGACUGUACACGUUUAUCAGUAACGAAAUCCUGGCUCUUCUGCACCCCGACACUGACAAUAUCUACAAAAAAUGGCUCAACAGUCUCUCCUCCCAAAAAUUUGAGGCUUCAGCUUCGAGAAUUGAAGACUUGCUAGAUAAGUUGAGUAUUUGUUUGACCGGUGAAGAAUUAGCUGUUGUAGAAAGGCUCUAUCAUCGAGCAAUGAAACUCGAGUUAGAUUUCAUCUGGUCUCAGUCGGUGACUCAGCGAACCGUGGUUCCCUUUUCACGUCUCAACAGAUGUGCUUCUGGAGAGAAUAAUCUCGUCAUUUUUUGCGACUUUGACUUGACUUGUACUACUAUCGAUUCCUCUGCCCUUUUAGCAGAGCUUGCAAUAGUCACAGCAGCUAACGAAACUGCUGAUAUUCGGACAACAUGGAGCAGCCUUUUCGGACAGUAUGUUGAAGAGUACCAACAGUGUCUCGAUAUUAUUAUGCCCAGCAGUGAUAUAACGGAACAAGUGGAGGGACUGAAUUAUGAUGGUCUGUGCAAAGCGCUGGAGCAAAUAUCUGAUAUCGAGAAAAGAGCAACUUCGAGAGUUGUUCAGUCGAAUGUAUUGAAAGGAUUAAAUGUAGCAGACAUUAGAAGGGCCGGUGAGAGGCUCGUUUUGCAAGAUGGAUGUAAAAGAUUCUUUGAGAAUGUUGUGGAAUGCAAAGAUUCUGCGAUGGAGAUUCAUGUGCUGUCGUAUUGUUGGUGUAGUGAUCUAAUCUCGUCUGCUUUUUCAUCAGGGGAUGAAACUCCGUUUAAUGUGCAUUCCAACGAAUUAGUUUACGAAGAAUCUAUUUCGACCGGCAAUAUGAUCACAAAAAUGGAGUCUUCAAUGGAGAAGCUUCAAUCUUUUAACAACAUCACCAAGAGCAUCAACAAUGAAACUAAGCCAUUGACAGUAUACAUUGGAGGUUCAGUUGGCGAUUUGCUUUGUUUGUUAGAAGCAGAUAUUGGCAUAGUCAUUGGCUUGAGUGCCACUCUACUGAGGCUCGCAAAUUAUUUUGGUAUUUCUUUCGUUCCAUUGUUCUCUGGUUUAGUAAAUAAGCAAAAAGAACUUGCGGAUAGUGGAACUUUGGAUUGCAAGAAAACAUCUAAUAUUCUUUACACAGUCUCUAAUUGGGAUGAGAUAUACGCGUUCGUUUUCGGGGCAGUAGAUUCCUCCCAUUCAUCUACCUCGUGAAAGAGUGGCGGAGGCAGGGGUAAAGUCUAAGGAGGCCUCACCACUUUUUAAAAUUAAUUACUAUGUAAAGAUUUGUUAUCUUUGGAAUAGUAUAGUAGUGUGGGGGCUCUUAAAGAAUUUUUAUAGCUUUAUUUGUCCCCGCGAAAAUAAAAUUAUGACUCCACUGUUGGAGUAAGUUUUUUUGGAAGGUUAUUUGUAUCGGUAGGUGAUAUUCGAUGGUAACAGGUGAGACCUUGAUCUAUUUUUGGGUGUUGAGGAUCACCUGGCCUGUGGCUGUUGCAUUAGUGUAUUAGAUGGAUUAGUUUGUAAUGAACAUAAGUAGUCACAUACUUGUGAUGUAUGCAAAAACUGUGUAUGGAAUUUAUGUCGUUCUUGUUGUACUAAUAGAAUUUUGAUUAUACCA